UCACAGAAGUCAGAAUCACCUCGUCGCUUCUGCAGUGGAAAAAAAGGUGUGGGGGGGGCGGGCGGCUGUGGUGGUGUGGCGAGCUUUCGUCUUCGUUAUUGUGCGGUUGUAAACAUCUCCCCGCGCUGGUUAACCACCCGCUGCAGCGCUGUCUGCCAGUGCGGGGGUGAAGGCACGCACGCCGGCCCGGCCAAUCAGAGCGGAGGAGGUCCGCUGGGGGAAUGGGCGGCUGCCCCGCCUGUCGUAGUUGUCACAGGGACGACAACUUUUUUUUUCAUUCCGUCAGAGUGCUUUUCUCCGGUGUUCUCUACCCGUCCCGCUCUCUCCCUCUCUCUCUCUCUCUCUCUCUCUCUCUCCCUCUCUCUCUCGCUCUCGCCUCGGUUAAGUGCUCAGGAAGUGCGGGGGGGGGGAAACUCGGCCCGAUCAGCCGGAUGGCCGAACUUGUGAGGAUUCGAAAGAAGCAGCUCCAGACGCCCAUCUGCAGGUUACGUUGCAUGCUGAAGCAGCUGGAUGAGAGAGAUGUGGAUUUUGAAGAACUCAAAAAGAACCUGGACUACACAGCAUCUCUGCUGGAGGCAGUUUACAUUGACGAGACAAGACAGGGCCUCGAUUCCGAGGAUGACCUCCAGCAGCUGCGCUCAGACGCCGUGCCCUCCGAGGUCCGUGAUUGGCUGGCCUCCACCUUCACUCAGAAGGCCCGGCCUCCCGGGAAGCAGGCCUACGAGAAGCCCAAGUUCCGCAGCAUCGUGCACGCAGUGCAGGCUGGGAUAUUCGUCGAGAGGAUGUUUCGAAAGGCCUACACAGCAGCGAUGCCCGACCAGCCCCCAGCUGUCAUUCACUGCCUGAGGAACGUGGACAGGUGGAACUUCAACGUGUUCUCGCUGAACUCGGCCAGCUCAGACCACGCGCUGCAAACGCUCUUCCUGGAGCUAGUCGUCAGAUACGAGCUCAACAGCCGAUUCAAGAUACCCAUCACCUUCCUGAUGUCCUUCCUGGCCGCGCUGGAGGCAGGCUACUCCAAACACGGAAACCCGUACCACUCACUCACCCACGCCGCCGACGUCACACAGACACUGCACUGCCUGCUGCUCCGCACCGGCCUCGUGCACUGGCUGACUGAACUGGAGGUGCUGGCUGCUCUGUUCGCUGCUGCCAUCCAUGACUACGAGCACACAGGGACAACCAACAACUUCCACAUACACACCAGGUCCGAUUUUGCCCUGAUCUACAACGACCGGUCGGUUCUGGAGAGUCACCACGUCAGUGCCACGUACCGCCUGAUGCAGGACGAAGAGAUGAACAUCUUCAUCAACCUCUCCCGCGAGGAGUGGACGGAGCUGCGCUCGUUGGUCAUAGAGAUGGUUCUGGCCACAGACAUGUCCUCCCACCUCCUCCAGGUCAAAGGCAUGAGGGCCUUUUUGCAGCAGCAGGAACGGGUAGAUAAACCAAAAGCUUUGUCCCUGCUGCUCCACACUGCUGACAUCAGCCACCCCACCAAACCCUGGACUCUGCACUCUCGCUGGACCAAGGCCCUGAUGGAGGAGUUCUUCAGACAGGGGGAUAGAGAGGCAGAGAUGGGACUCCCAUUCUCUCCCUUGUGUGAUCGUAAGAGCACCUUAGUGGCCCAAUCCCAGAUAGGCUUUAUCGAUUUCAUCGUGGACCCCACCUUCUCCCUGCUGACGGACAUGGCCGAGCGGAUCGUCAUCCCGCUGGUCCAGGAGAACCCCGAACCGCCCGACCCCUGCAAUCGAAACAGUCUGCUGUGGAAGGAGAGCUCCAGGGGCCUGCAGUGGAGUCUGGCUCACAUCACGGCCGAGCUUGUCAGUUUCCGCUCCACCUGGACCCGGCACACCGAGGAAAACAAGUUCAAAUGGAAGGAGAGAGCGGUAAACGGUUCCCUGGAUCAGAGCUCUACGGCGGAGCUCUCGCCCAGCGUUGACUCCGACUCCGAGGAGGGUUCGCGGAAAAGCCCGGAAGAGAGCGCUACGCCGCAGUGAAGGCUGCCGCCGGGGCGGUGGCUAAACUCCGCCCCCGCUCCGCGCCGCAGCCGCCGAACGAACACACGUAGCUUCUGCCACCGCCACGCCUCAGAGGCCCUCUCCUUUUUUACGCUUCGUCCUGCUCUUCUCCUAAUUUUAGCCGGCCCAGUCCUGCUCUCCGGCCGCCCCCGCUGCUGCACACCCACCGUUAAUUUGGGGGGGAAAGGCGGCAAACGCCAAGCCACUGCUUCCCUUGCAGCCGCCGUCCGCACGCUGAGCACACUCUAAGCACAUGCCAAGCACAUGCUGAGCACAUGCUGUGGCUGGUCGGAGCAGUUGCUUCACGUGUGGCUUCGGUGCACAGGCUGCUGGUUCCAGCAGGGGUCGCCAGAGAGCGAUGAGUGUCCUCCCAGUCACCAAACCCCCCCGCCCCCCCGCCCCCCCGCCCCCCCCCCAAUGGGCGACCCGUAUUGUGCCCCACCCUGCAGGGGGUGGACGGGGUCCUACCCCAGGGGCAAACCGACCAGGGCCUUAACAGCGGCCCCGUUUAGAGAGAGAGUGUGACGGUCAUCUCCUGGCUAGAACACCUAAAUAACACGUUAAAAUUCCCGAAGCCCUCAGAGCGCCUCGGCCAGAGCCCGGCUAAAGCAGACCGCGGAUCCACCGCGGCGUCCCUGCCGCGGGCGGCGUGCGACCCCGCAGCGCAACGCCAAACCUGCGCUCCCUUCCCAGCUUCCCCUGGGCCAACAGCUCUGGCCUCCUGCACUUCCUCCUCAAAGAGCGCGCAUCUCAAACAGUCUCUGCACUGAGUGGGGCCGGCUUUGAUUUAACCAGGCUGUGUGGGGGGGGGGGAGAACUGCGCGUUGAGAUCAAAAGCUUUGAUGUGGAGUCAUUUCUCUGACAGGUCUUUGAAAGAGCACGAGCACUAAUGUAGGUUACUGAUCUAGCUUUAAGCCGAGUCUUAAUGGCGAAUAAUAUUUGAGGAGACUGAACAUGCUGGUCAUGUUAUACUGCAUGUUUAUUGCAGCUUCUGGGUUGGAUCCACUUCUGAUCAGUCAGAUGUUGAAUUUAUUAAUGAGGUUUAUUAACGAGCGACAAAAGUAAUCCACCAUGUGCCUACACAUUUUAUGGAUAGGCACCCUAUUUUAGACUGCACAGAAUCUGUUUAUAUUUUUCCAGCUUUAUUCAUUUGUUCAUUUAUUCAUUUUUGCUGCAGGUUAAAUCGUAGACAAAUUGUUUAAUUUGUGAAUACACCAUAAUAUAAUGACAAUCCCAAUAUUCUAAUUCAGAUUCAGUCUAAUGUGAGAUAAUAGUGUAGUGGUCUGCUGAAUGCAUUUUUGCUCCAGUUAGGAGAACCUCAAAGAAAAUGCACUUCAUCCUCCGUGGAACUGUGCUGUUUUCCAUCACAUUUAGGGUAGAAAGAUGAGACAUCCUGAUUAAAUUCACUCUCGGUAGACUUGAUCCCUUGCUAUUUUAAGAUUGUGUUUUAAGUGCUUCCAAAUUGAUAUUCUGCACAGGGUGCAGUAACUAGGGAAGAGCAGCCAUGGUUUAGCAGGAAAACGUAGAGCCAGCUGUUUGUGCCAGAUUGGUAAAUACAAACUGCUAUGUCAUAACGAAUGACAGACACCUCACUGAGGACUACCCGUUGGUCAGUGCAUCAUGAUUGUUUUGACUUGUGGUUUCUAUGCACAUUACUGUAUAUAAAAAUUGAUAUACAUCACAAGUGAUAGCCUUUUCAAGCCUUUAUACAGUCAUGCCUUAAGAAACACAACCAGGCCUUAAGAAAAAUAGCAAUUUAACACAGAAAAAUUGGCCUUAUGCUUGAAAGGGCUAAAAUUCUUGCAAACAGCAACUAGUAACAUGGUGGUAGUUUUUUAUAUUUUUUUAUUUUUUAGCUUGACUGUCUUCAACUUUGAAUCCUUUUCUGUUUAAUCUUUUUACUGUAAUAUACUUACUAAUAAUAUUUAAUAAAGCUUAAAGUGCAAAUAAUUGAAUUAAUUGAAAAAUGUUUUUUUUGUAUCUUGUUAUGUAGUACUACAAGAAUAAAGUUAUUAAUAGAUGCA